CGCCAUCUUGCUUAUUCCCAUCCACCUCCCCUAUUAAGUAGCUAGGGCGGGGGGUGCUAGGGUUGUGUGUGUGUGUGUGUAUAUGUGUGUGUGAGUGUGUGUGAAGCGUUUCGGAUUGGAGAUGCAGAAAGAAAGGGCAGUUUCAAGGAAGUGACGGACGAGGCGGAGGGGACUGGUCAGAGGAAGUUUGCUUGAUGGUGGUACCGUGCUGCUGAACGAAACUUUUCCCCCUUGAGCAGCAGCGGCACCGUGGAUCGGGAAGGACGGAUCCAACGGCGGAGGGAGCUUUUGUUUCCUCGCCACACGAAUAGUACUGAGGAAUAACUUAAAAUCGGGAGAAAACGGGGAUUGCAGAGGAAUUUCACUCCCGCAAACCAAGCCCCCCUUUUUCCUUCUCUUCCCCGCGCCUCCUGAUUUCUUUCUGGGAUCCGCGAUGGGGAAGGAGCAGGAACUACUUGAAGCGGCACGCACGGGAAACCUGGCCGCCGUGGAGAAGCUUUUAUCCGGAAAGCGACCGUCCGCUGGCACCGGCAGCGGCUCGUCUGGGACCGGUGGAAGCGGCAACAGCAGCGGGCACGGCGCCUCCUCUCAUACCCUCUCCAGCCUGCUCAGUAUCUGGAGAGGCCCCAAUGUGAAUUGUGUGGACAGCACUGGAUACUCUCCUCUCCACCACGCCGCCCUAAAUGGACACAGCGAGGUGGUGGAGGCGCUGCUGCGAAACGAGGCCUUGACCAACAUCGCCGACAACAAGGGCUGCUACCCUCUCCAUCUGGCUGCGUGGAAGGGAGACGAACACAUCGUCAAACUGCUCAUUCACCAAGGACCUUCACACCCCAAACUCAACGAGCAGAGCUCUGUAGACCAUAAAGAGUUCAAACGCUGUGGGCCCUUUGACCCAUAUAUUAAUGCCAAGAACAACGACAACGAGACGCCGCUGCACUGUGCUGCCCAGUAUGGCCACUCCCAGGUGGUGCGGCUGCUGCUGGAGGAGCUGACGGACCCCACCAUGAGGAACAACAAGUUUGAGACUCCACUGGACCUGGCCGCGCUCUACGGCCGCCUGGAGGUGGUCAAGCUGCUGCUCAGCGCCCACCCCAACCUGCUCAGCUGUAACACCAAGAAACACACACCGCUGCAUCUGGCCUCUCGGAACGGACACCUGCCUGUGGUGGAGGUGCUGCUGGACGCUGGCAUGGACAUCAACUAUGAGACGGAGAAAGGCAGCGCCCUCCACGAAGCAGCCUUGUUCGGGAAGACGGAUGUGGUCGAGAGACUUCUGAGUGCAGGUAUCGUUGUGAACAUCAGCGACCAGAAGGGCCUGACAGCGCUGGACACUGUCAAGGACAUGCCCUCCCAGAAGAGCAGUCAGAUCGCCGCGCUCAUCCUAGGUCACAUGGCUGGAAAACCCCCUGACAUUGACCUUCCCCCUCCACCAAUCCCUCCGCCCCAGGAGAGUCCCAGCCCUCGUAAAAAGGGUGAUCUGGAAAGGGUGAACGAGUUGAUCUCGGGGCUGGCCCCGAGGCCCGAGGAGGAGAGCCCGUACGAGGCUCUGUUUGAAGCCACCUCUUGUCACUCUCUGGACAGCCUCACCAGCGGCAAGUCCUCAGACAGGGACUCUGGGCGGCCGGACAGCGAAGCUGGAAAGAAAGAUCGCCUGGCCCACUCAUCACAUCCUGGUCAUGAGGAAGAGGCCCUGUAUACUAAUAGCAGUAUCGAUGAGAGAGGCGAGCCGGAGGAGGAUCACACGUACGAGUUGUUGCUGACUGCACAGACCAAACACGCACCGACCAACCAGGAGUCCCAAUCCAAUAAAUAUGAGAACACCACUGUGCAGUCUUCCAACAGUGUCCUACCUCAGCGUAAACCGUCUGCCCCGAACGACCUCCGAGCCCCAAGCAAGACGAAAGACACCCUGCAGCCUCCUGGACGGGCGAGCCCGCGGGCACCGGGAGAUAACUCCCAGCUCAGCCAGGAUCAGGAAGCAGGUGUCUCGGAGCAGUUCACUGGCCUGCUGCACGGAUCAUCCCCUGUCUUCGACGGCCGCGAGGAGCCCUUCAGGCUUCCAGGGGGGGUUGUGCCGUCCAACCAGAGCGAGCCGGAAUCAAGGAAAUCAGCCAAAGUAAAAGAGAAAGUAGCAGCUGCUACACCGCCGCCGAGUCGUCCCAGUAUGGCCGCCAUCCUGACAGACUGUGAUCCCAAAGCAAUUUACGCAACUGUGAACAAGGAACCCAGAGACUUGGGGGCCGUUAGGAUGCGCCCUCCCGGGGACCUGAAGCUGGCACGCAGCCUCUCCAAGUCUGACUCAGACCUCCUCGUGUCGCCCCCUAGUGAGGAGGACGGGGGGUUGGGGAACCGCAGCGAGUCUGUUUCUAACUGUAGCACUGGCAAGAAGAGGCUUGAGAAAUCUCCCUCUUUCACCUCAGAAUGGGACGAGAUCGAGAAGAUCAUGACACUGAUUGGUGCUGGCAUCGAUUUUUCCCGAGAUCAGCAAUAUGCUACACCAGCAGGUGCUGCGGGCCGGCUGCUGGACCAGCCUGUGGGAGACUGGUUGGAGCAUGUGGGGCUGCCGCAGUACGAGAGCAAACUGCUCCUGAACGGUUUCGACGACCUGCACUACAUGGGGAGCAAUGUGAUGGAGGACCAGGACUUGAGAGAGAUCGGGAUCACGGACCCGAGCCACAGAAAGAAGAUCCUGCACGCAGCACGUUCAUUACCCAAGGUGAAAGCGCUGGGCUGUGACGGCAGCAGCUCCCUCUCCUCUUGGCUGGAGAACCUGGGUCUGAACGAGUACUUGCACAACUUCCUGACCAGCGGCUACCGCACUCUGGACUGUGUGAAGAACCUGUGGGAACUGGAGAUUGUUAAUGUGCUUAAGAUCUGCCUACUUGGUCACAGGAAGCGCAUCAUUGCGUCCUUAGCGGAGAGGCCCUACGAGGAACCUCCGGUCAAGCCUCCUCGUUUGUCUCAGAUCAGGUGCCAAGACCUGCCUGGAUCACUGACCUCGUCCCCCCUCAGUCAGAUGGACCCCUACACGGGACGCUCAAUGGACCCUCUGCUGCCCGUCGGAGAGCCAGGGAGGAAAAAAGUAGCAGAUAGUGACCAUGACGUUACCCAGAGAUAUCACAGUGAACGACACAGAUCACAUGAAAGGUAUGAAGAGCGGCAUCGAGAGCGUCUGACCCUGCGGCCGCCGAGUCUGGCAGCGCCGUACGCCCCGGUCCAGAACUGGCAUCAUCAACCUGAGAAGCUCAUCUUUGAAUCCUGCGCCUACGAGUCCAGUUAUCUCGGUUCCAUGCUUAUUAAGGAGCUACGAGGUACCGAGUCCACGCAGGAUGCCUGUGCCAAAAUGCGGAGGUCGACAGAACAAAUGAGAAAAGUCCCGACGAUCGUCCUAUCCAUCACCUACAAGGGUGUGAAGUUCAUUGACGCAGCCAACAAGAACAUCAUCGCAGAGCAUGAGAUCCGUAAUAUCUCGUGUGCGGCCCAGGACCCGGAGGACUUGUGCACGUUUGCCUACAUCACCAAGGACCUGCAGACCAACCACCACUACUGCCAUGUGUUCAGCACAGUAGACGUGAAUCUGACCUAUGAGAUUAUACUGACGCUUGGCCAGGCGUUUGAGGUAGCCUAUCAGCUGGCUCUGCAGGCCCAGAGGACCAAACAGCACCAGAACCUCCCAGUGGGACCGGGUUCAGAGGUCAUUGAGACCAAGUCCAGCCGACCUGUACCCAAACCACGAGGCAGCGUACGGAAGUCGGGGGGAGAACUGGCGGAGCAGGAGGGGGAUUCUCAGUCCCAGGGCAGCGCCACGUGGCUCGUGGACCCCAAGGAAUCCAAACGCACUAUCAGCACUAACUGAACACUGUGGCCACUCCCAGCCAGUAAGAAAGGACAGGAAUGAGUCCUGUUGCAUGGUGGGUAGGAUGUUUUGUUGGAAAGGUGACCCACUUCCCAUGCGGCAGAAUCACAUCAGCCGUUGGAUCGAGUACACCACAGGAGACAAAAACAGACGUAAAACUUUCAACACUGCUCGAUCCAUCAGAUCAUCUGACCUCACCGACUUCAUCACCACACACACUCUCUCACACACACACACACACACACACACACUCCAUUUAGCUUCCUGUCCACCACAAAGUGACGGUUGUCCCAGCGUCGGAUGUAUUUGUUGUGCUUUAUGCGUGUCCUGAGAAAUGACAUGUUGCCUCUUAACACCUGUCAGGCCUCCCUCACAUGAGGGUUAGGGUUUACUCUUUGAGGAAAUGUACAAUGCAGAACUUGUAGUUAAAGGGGAAGUGGCCGAGAUAAGGAACCUUCUGUUACUUUAUGAUACAAAGGUACAGACCUCACACUGUAGGUACACAGUCCUUCCUGGAUUAUUCGUCCUGUAUCCACACAUCGUAGCAUCACUUGAUGACAUGUAUAACUGUGAUAAACAAUGUAAUCUUGCACGGGAGGAACUCUUUAACCAAACUCAAAGGGCAGAGGACCUGACACUACAAAGUUUUAUAAUCAUAAUAAUAAUAAUAAUAAUAAAACAGGGGGUGGCUUUUAUUUGAUUUGAAAGUUUCUCUGUAUGUUUUUAAUUGUUUUAUAGGACAAUGAUGUGUCCUAACGCUGUAACUGGAUCAGCUGUGGGUCACUGCGGCUCCCUCUCUCCUUCCCCCGCUCCUUUUUUUUGGUUCGGUUAAUCUAGACGAGAUUAUUCACCAAACCUGCCAUGCAGGCUGGUACGUCUUUUAGGUUUCAAUCUGCAGAACAGAACAAUAGGGCACAGCAUGUUUCUCCUAGCUAACUCCCAGUGUGUUGACUGUUAAUGGUACUUUUUUUGGUCAGCUGAUAAAUAUAUGGGUACAUGAUCUGGUCGUUUUUGAUUUAAAUGUUGUAUAUGUGAUACGUUGUCAGGCCAGUACGAUAACUCUAUGGUACGCUGUCUUCGGCUCGCUGGUGUCGGCACCUUCGGCCAUCAGCCUGGUCCCGUUCUGCUUUUGCACAUUGUUAAGGAUCAGGAGAGAUAUUUCGGGUACUAAUCUGAUGACGACAAUGAUGAGAAUGAUAUUGUAAAUGAAUCUAGCGGUCUGUAUUUUGAUACUUGAAUGAUUUUUGCUUUUAUAGAUAUCUAUAUAUAUAUAUGUAUAUGUAUGUAUGUAUGUAUGUAAUUUUUGACGUUUGUCAAAAGAGAGAAAAGGACUAUGUCUUAUAAAGUUAAACAUAUCGUGAAUAAAUACCCUGUGAUUUAAGAAAAAGAAAGAACAAAAAAAAAAGGCUGAGAAAACAAUGACUCAGAAGAGGGACCUCACUUCAGAAAAAAAAGAUUGUAAAUAAUCUUGGGCUUCCAGUCUUUUUUAUGAUUAUUUUUCAUAAUUGUACAACUAAUAAAUGGCGCAAUUAGAAAAACGGAA